GGCGCACGGGGACGCGAGAGAGAAAGGAGGGGGAAAAAAACCUCAGCCAUCAUCAGCGCCCUAGCGGUGCGGGGUCACGAACUAUGACCUUUAAAAGAAGAAAACCAAAACAAACAUUUAUUAAAACAGCAGAGCGUCCCAAAUCCACGAGCACCGUUCCCCGCAGACCUCACUAAUGACCUCACAUCAUCAUGGCAUCCAGCCUAAAUCUGCUCGCUCAGCAGAAAGUGGAUUCUGAGCACGAGGCAGAGGUUCCGUCCUCUCCGUCAGACUCAGCAAUGAGUGAGUCUCCUCAGCGCUUUCAGUUCAUUUCAACUGAGCCUGCGACAACACCACAGCAUAUACAGAUUGUAACUGACCAGCAGACAGGUCAGAAGAUUCAGAUAGUGACUGCAAUGAACCCAUCAUCCACUGCUCCCAAGCAACAGUUUAUUCUUACAACAGCUGACAGCUCAGGGGGCAAGGUUAUCCUGGCCUCCCCAGACAGCCACAACACUAAGCAGCUGAUCUUCACUGCUGCAGACAGCCUGAUGCCAGGAAGAAUACAGAUUGUCACAGAUCCAGUGUCUAUGGAACGGUUGUUGGGACAGUCGGGGGACCUGAGCCGGUCACAGCCAAUAGAGUACUGUGUGGUGUGUGGGGACAAGGCUUCAGGGCGUCACUAUGGAGCAGUCAGUUGUGAGGGAUGUAAAGGCUUCUUCAAGAGGAGUGUGAGGAAGAACCUGACCUACAGCUGCCGCAGCAAACAGGACUGUGUCAUCAACAAACACCACCGCAAUCGCUGCCAGUUCUGUCGGCUGAGGAAAUGCCUUAAGAUGGGAAUGAAGACUGAGUCUGUCCAGAGUGAGAGAAAACCCAUUGACAUAUUGCCUAGGGAGAAACAUGCCAACUGUGCUGCCUCCACCCAGAAGAUCUACAUUCGCAAAGACCUAAACAGUCCACUCAUCGCUACACCGACCUUUAUCUCAGAUACAGAGACCGAUGGAUCCAGAUCCAGCCUGCUGGACCAGGGGAUGCUGGUUAACAUCCAGCAGCCGGUCAUCCAAACUGAUGGAACUUUGCUGUUGGCCACUGACUCAAAGAUGGAGUCUGGGCAUGGGGACCUGGGGACACUAGCUAAUGUGGUGACAUCACUGGCCAACAUGAGCGACUCGCUGAAAGAAAACCUAAACAAUGGCAAUGCGUUGGACAGCCAACAAGAGGACCAGUCUGCCAGUGAGAUAACACGUGCCUUUGACACCCUGGCAAAAGUCUUCAACCCACCUGAGAGACGGAGUCUGUUAGAUAAGUGUAUCAGUGGAACAACAAUCCAGCUGAUUGGUAGAGACCAGGAGACCCCCAUCAUUGAAGUGGAGGGACCACUGCUCACGGACAGCCAUGUCGGCUUUAAGCUGACCAUGCCCAGCCCUAUGCCGGAGUAUCUGAAUGUACACUACAUCUGUGAGUCAGCGUCCAGGCUUCUUUUUCUCUCCAUGCACUGGGCACGCUCCAUCCCUGCCUUCUCAGCACUCGGUCAAGAGGCAAACACCAAUUUGGUGCGAGCAUGCUGGAAUGAGCUGUUCACUCUGGGUCUGGCUCAGUGCGCUCACAUGAUGAAUCUGUCGACCAUCCUCACUGCAAUCAUUAACCACCUACAGAGCAACAACCAGGAUGACAAGCUUUCAGGGGAGAGGGUGAAGCAGGUGAUGGAGCACAUCUGGAAGUUCCAGGAAUUCUGUAACGGCAUGACAAGACUGGAGACGGACAGCUACGAAUAUGCCUACCUGAAGGCUAUAGUGUUGUUCAGCCCAGAUAAUUGUGUGUUAGAUCACCCAGGUGUGGACAGCAGUGGACAGAUUGAAAAAUUACAGGAGAAGGCGCUGAUGGAGCUGCAGGACUAUGUGCAGAAAACAUAUCCUGACGACAUGUACAGGUUGACCCGUAUCUUGACUCGUCUCCCCGCCCUACGCCUCAUGAACUCAAGUAUCACAGAGGAGCUCUUCUUCACUGGUUUAAUAGGUAAUGUCUCUAUUGACAGCAUCAUUCCCUACAUCCUCAAGAUGGAGACAGCUGAAUAUAACAGUCAAGACUCUGAUGCUACAGACUGACAUUGCCACCACUCCAGGACUCACAAAUGCAAAUUAAGACAUGCCACUGUCUCUGUCACAGAUUAAAGGGUUUAGUUUUGAACUCCAGUCUAAAUCCAGCAGUAACCUCUAGUUUUCUGACUGUACGUGGUACAUGGUCCAAAGUCAUGCAGGAAUCCUUGGUAUGUUAAGAUGAGCCAUCAUUUCAGGGCCUGGAUGACACUCUGAAUGUCUUCUGGAGCUGAUAUACUGUGGUCCUCUUUAGUUUCUGGCCUAAACUAAGCCACACCAAAAAAAAGAGAAAGAAAUGAUGAGCGAAAUCUCUGCAGCUGCAGCCACACUCAUCUCCUGCAAUGCAUUUAUAGCACUUAAAGCUUGUUACAUGUCAACUUUACCCUUUAGCCACACCUGUCAAAUACUUUUACAUGUUAAAGCCUUACCAUGCUCUCAAGUUUAUCAAGGUGUCAUCAAAUGAGAAAUUAUUUAAACAGUUUGAAAAAAGUUAACAUAUUUUAAACUCCAAUCUUAUUCCUUAACUGUAUUUUUAGGCUGUAAAUUAUUUUUAUUUAUGUUAGCCUCUAGGAAUACUGCUUCAGUAUUAUCUUAAAUGUCUAACGACUAUUCUAAGUUGUUGUUUUUUUCCAUAGUGACACAGUUGUCACUCUAAUAAAAUCCAAAUAAUAAUUGGCAGCACUGCGGUCAGGAAGAAAUAACUGAAACAUAAGCCCUUAAUCACACCAUUAAGCUUCAAAUGAUUUAUUUCGUCCAAUUAUUCACUUUUAAUUUUUGUCCUCGGAAUCACAUAAAACAAAUGUUCUCUUUUAUAUUGAAACACAUUCAGAGCUUUUAUGUGUAGAUACACUCUGGGCCACUGUGAAUAUGUUUAUAUUUUAAGCAGUGCAAUCACCACAUCACUCAACUUUUUACGACAAUCAGUUGGAACGCUGAUGUCAUUAGUGGCAAGUAUUUCUUCAAAAGAAUGGCAUCAUCUUCACGUCUUUAUACUGUUUGCAUUUGUAUGCUGCUAAAUGCACAUCAAUCAGAUUUUGUGGUGUUUCGCUGCAGUCAUUCUGACUAAAAUGUUUGUGUUUUGUAUGUUUUCUAAAAACUUUGAUUUGUUGUGUGUACAAAUUUGCUUAUUGCAUAUGAAGUGUACUUAAAAGUACUGGGCAGGUUACCCUGAUUGUAAAAAAAACAGAAAAACAAAGUGAGGAAUACAAAGCUCAUGAGUGAAGCCAGUCUUAGGUGUCAGCGUUUCCAUGGUUUUGUUAGAGAGCGGGACAUCCACGGCACUUAUUUUUCUUUGAUGUUUUGGUCUGAGAUUCAGAUUACUGGAUGUAUCUCAGCAUUGUUUCCACCCAUUUGUAAUGAAGACAGACAUCAGAUGUGCUCACUGACCUGACUGUCGAUGCUCAUACCAAAUUGUAAAAUUCUAGAAGUAGAUCAAACUGAUCUUUGUCUACUUUUAAAUUAGCUUGAGGUACUUGAAUUAGUUGGUGGAGUAGAGGAGGCUCCAGACAUGACAAGUUUGUUUUCCCUUUUUCCACACAUGCAUCGAGUAAGAAAGCUUCUGUGAGGAAAAGCAGUGCUGGUGACCCAUUAUCUUUGUUUUGAUUUUAAUUAAUACAGUUACGUUGCAGAAAUGAACAAAGGAACGACCUCCAAAAGCUUGAAUUGCACUUUAAGAGUUUUCAACCUCUUUGAAACAGAACACAGAGACAAACAUAACUACUAAGAAAAAAGAAAAAGAGUGCAUCAAUUAAGUAAAUGCCAUUUUUAAAGCACUGCUAUGCAAUUGGUCAGCACUAUCAGUUUGUUGCAGUUGAGCGCACAUGUCAGACCACAACAAAAACAAUCGUGGCGGCUAAUGCUAGUAAGCUAUCAGCCUAUUCUACCUGGUCACCAAUGAAAACAGACAUAUAUACAUCAAGUUAGGGCUGGGUCAUACCAACUGUUUUCUGCAUCUGUGGAGCGCUGCUUCCCAUUUCCACAUGCAGAGUUCCCGUUCAUCCUCAGCUGUGGGUCUGUGUCAGUCUAGCGUUCCAUGCCUGCCCACUCAAUCUCAAAUUCCAUUCCAGUAGCAGCCAUUUCUCACCAGGAAGUUGCCCUCAUUUGUGUUUCCUUGUAUUCUUUGAGGUCUGAGUUGUACAUGUGUGGGUACUGGUGGACUUCCUCAUAUAAACUCAAGCAAGUCUCCAUGGUUACCUUCUUCUUUGGACCAAAACAAGAGUGUGCCAGCAGUUGGACUGGGAAAGUGUUUUGCUAAAAGCAGCUGGCACAAAUCAAACUGGAGGUGUGUACGUUGGCCGUGUGGAUGUAAGCAGACGUUGGAGGAUGAUGUAAUUUAUGUACACUAGUGGACCUCUGCUGACUACGACCCGGCACUAACUUAUGAGUAUAUGGAAAGGUAGCUCAAGUCAUUUUGGAGCCCUUCCUUCACUCACGGAACUCUCUGUUGUGAAAAACGCCAGACAAAUACACUACCUGGUCAAAAAAAACAAAGGGUCACGUGCUAAUAUUUGGUUGGACCGCCUUUAGCUUUGAUUACGGCACUCAUUCGCUGUGGCAUCACAUGCCCGAUAAUCCUGACAUCGCCGUCUCGGAAUAUGCCCGUGCCAUCAGGGAAGAAAAAAAUCCAUUGAUGGAAUAAUCUGGUCAUUCAGUAUAUACAGGAAGUCAGCUGACCUCAUUCUUUGGGCACAUAAUGUUAAUGAACCUAGUCCUGACCAACUGCAGCAACCCCAGAUCAUAGCACUCCUCCCACAGACUUGUACAGUAGAUACUAGGUAUGAUGGGUCCAGGUGGCGACUUUUUUUUUGACCAGGCAGUUUUUAUUAACCCUGUUCUUAUCUCCCUCCAUGCCUGUAGCCCUUUUACUUGAACUAUAACCCUUCUUUGGGAUUAAAACCCUGAAGGUUGCCUUCAGCUGGCACUUUAAAAACAACUUUCUGCCACAACUGAGCAGCUUGUUAUGCUCCGUGUCUAUUGCUGUGUGGGAAACUUAGUAGUAAUGAUGUACACAUCAUAUGGAGGGAAGUCCUGAACUUUGAGCUCUUGGAAAACGUUGAGUAAACUCAUGAAUGUGACGAUGCUAUGUAGCAAACAACCCUGUUUGAAUGAGUCGGAAAUAUCGGUACUCGAAUGCAACUGCCAACGAAACGGCAGCCAUGACAACACAGGAAAAAGGAGUAUGACGUCAGUUUUUCUUUAGUAUAUUUUUUACUUGCUUCAAAUCUUGUGAGGCAGAGUGUUGCAUAUUUCCCUCUUUAUAUGUUUUCUAUUUUUCACAUUUUAAUCCCCCCCCCAAAGCAACAGUAUGGGAAACGCUGACUGUCUUGUCAGACAUCCAUUGUCUUUGCCACUUUAAUUAGGGUUCCCACAGUCAUGAACUGGUUUGUAAGUUUGGCUUGAUCUGAUGUCAAAUAUCAGAUAUAAGACUCUGAGCAGCAUGAAGGUCGCUCACUUAUGUCACAUGAUACAUGUGAUACCUGUAGUAUACAUUAUGUCCACUCAUGAGUGAAGUGAGCAAGCUUUAACAGGAUGAUAACCUGCAGAAAUUAUUCCAUUCCAAAAUCCAUGUUACAUUUUCGCUUCAAAGCCUGCGAUAGGGCUACAAAGUAAAAGCCUCAUUACUACUUUGUUAAACUUUUGCUAAGAAUUGUCACGGAGGUUUGGUAAAAUCUCAUGGAAAAGUUUUGAAAAUGAAAUAAAAAUGUGGGAACCCUGUUUAAUGCCUCAGAGUAAGCCUCCACAGCAACAUGAGUGACGACAUCAUCACUGACUGUGUCUCUUGAAUAUAUAAUGUCAAUAAUGUACUAAUAGGGUUGAAAACCCGUUCAGACUGUUUGUAAAGACACUGGCGUGAACUUACCUUUGUACGUGUAAUUUCAUUCGAAUGAAUGCAUGUUGUUUUUAAGCGGGGUUUUAUAAUCUUGUUGCCGUGUGCCCUAAUAAGGAACAUUGUUGUAAUUUUUUUACAGUGCAUUGCAGUGCAUGGAGAAGUUGCUUAAGUCCAUUUUAUUAAAUGCUGUAUAUGAAAAGAAAAUUUAUUUGAAUGUCUAAAUGUGGCUUUGUUUUUCAGAUUUGUGGAUUCAAUGUCCAAUUGUCAAGAAUUUAUACCAUAUUAAUGUUUUGUUUUUGCUCAUGUAAAAAAAAAAAAGAUUAAGGCAUUCAAGUUUUGCUUAAGUUUGUCACAACCCUACAUUUCUACCUCAUACCAAUGACAAUAUAAUACAAAUGUAUAAAGACUGUAACAGCAUUCCUGUCUCUGGGGCCGGCUUCCCUGAAGCCACAUAUUAUAGAAGAAAUAAACAAUUAUUCAUGAAAUAUAA